AUGGUUAUUCUGACCAAGGAACAACAGAAAGAAGCUGCGAACACGGGACUCUGGCUCCCACAACUCGAACGUGAUGCUUGCGGAGUUGGAUUCGUUUGCUCCAUCAAGGGAACGACAUCGUCGAAGAUCAUGUCCGACGCACGCACUAUGCUUGAACGUAUGGCUCAUCGUGGAGCGUGUGGAUGUGACAACGACUCGGGUGAUGGUGCUGGAGUGCUCACGGCGAUUCCGGACGAUUUGUACAGGAAAUCUGUCAAGGAACAAGAUGGAUCGGAUCUCCCACCGCUUGGUCAAUACGCUACGGGUAUUCUCUUCCUUGAAGAGGAAUCGUACAAGCAAGCCAAGGAGGCAUUCCAAGAUCUGGCAAGAGCUUGUGGUCUUCGUGUGAUCGCUUGGCGCAAGCUUGGCACUAACAGGGAGUGCAUCGGAGAAGAGGCAAAGAAGACCGAGCCGCUGAUCCGUCAAGUUUUCGUCAGUGCGGACUACGCCGAGUCGGAUCCAGCCAAAUUCGAGAGACACGUCUAUUUGCUCCGUAAGCAAGCGGUCAACAGUAUGACUAAACAGGAAGUCGAGUGUUACGUCUGCUCCCUUUCAACAUCUACUAUUGUCUACAAGGGACAGUUCAACACUCAUCAACUGUUCAAGUACUACGACGACUUGACGAAUCCAGAGUAUCAGACACAUUUGGCUCUGGUUCACUCCCGUUUCUCUACUAACACCUUCCCAAGUUGGAAUCGCGCCCAACCCAACCGUAUCCUGGCUCACAACGGAGAGAUCAACACACUUCGUGGAAAUAUCAACUUGAUGCGUGCUCGUGAGGGAGUCAUGAAAAGCAAGCACUACCGGGAUGAUCUUCAGAAAUUGUUCCCGAUUGUUGAAGAGGGUCUAACGGAUUCCGGAUGUCUCGACAACGUCAUGGAGUUCCUGGUUCGUGCCGGCGGAAGAUCGCUGCCCGAAGCGGCGAUGACCAUGGUACCGGAGGCGUGGGAGAAGGACGAUGAUAUGUCUACGGAGAAGAAGCACUUCUAUCGCUGGGCUGCAAUGAGCAUGGAGCCGUGGGAUGGACCAGCUCUUCUCGCGUUCUCGGAUGGAAGAUAUAUCGGUGCGAUUUUGGACAGAAACGGACUUCGCCCAGCUCGCUACUACCUGACCGACGAUGAUCAUUUGUACUUGAGUUCGGAGGUUGGAGUCAACGACAUUCCAAUUGAGUCGGUUGUAAAGAAGGACCGUCUUCGCCCUGGCCGUAUGCUUCUUGUGGACACUCAUCUCAAGAAGAUCGAGCUCGACGAGGACCUCAAAACCCGCAUUGCCAACUCUCGCCCUCACAAACAACUCUCUUCGUCUCGAAUCUACUUGGAUUUGAUUCGAAAGGAUGAUGUGCUAUCCCACGGAGCUGUCACCAAUGAAUUUCUCAACAGGUUGCACUUGGAGCAAGUCAAUCCGGGACUCAUCAAGAAGAAGGAUGUUCACUUGGACUCGGAUCGUCGCCUGGCCCUCUACGCCUACACUCACGACACCUUCAGUCUUCUCCUUGUUCCUAUGAUCAAGGAAAAGAAGGAGGCGUUGGGAUCGAUGGGAAAUGAUGCGGCGUUGGCGUGUCUUUCGGAUUAUAGUCCACUUUUGUUCAGCUACUUCCAACAACUGUUUGCUCAGGUUACCAACCCGCCAAUUGACCCGUUCCGCGAGCAGAUUGUGAUGUCUCUUCGAUGCCCAAUCGGACCCGAGUCGAACAUGCUUGAGCCAGAUACGGAGCUGGCAAGCAGACUGAUUCUAGAGCAGCCAGUGCUCUCAAUGGUGGACAUGGAGGUCAUCAAGCGCACCAUGUACAAGGGAUGGAAGUCCAAAGUGAUUGAUAUCACGUAUCCAGUCAAGUACGGAGUGAAAGGACUGGUCCCUGGUCUUGACGCCAUGUGCUGUGUUGCUUGCACUGCCGCUUUGGAUGGAUACCAACUCUUGGUGCUCUCGGACAGACUUGCCAGCUCUGAACGGGUUCCCAUUCCUUCGCUUCUUGCUGUUGGAGCCAUUCAUCAAUGCCUGAUCCGCCAUCGUCUUCGUAUGAAAGUUGCCAUCGUUGUGGAGACUGGCGAGGCUCGUGUUGUGCACGACUUCUGUGUUCUCCUUGGCUUUGGAGCUGAUGCCAUCUGCCCAUAUAUGGUUUAUGAGACAAUGUACCGUCUUAGAAACCUUGGACUUUUGGACAAAGAGCUCAACGACGACCAAGUCUAUCAAGGAUACCGUCAAGGAGUGGAGAGGGGUAUUUUCAAGGUGAUGGCCAAGAUGGGUAUCUCGACGCUUCAUUCGUACAAGCACGCUCAAAUCUUUGAAAUCGUGGGACUCGCCAAGGAUGUGGUGGAGAUGUGCUUCAAAAACACCGUGUCACGACUCGGAGGAGCAACAUUCGAAAUUCUGGCGGCCGAAGCGUUGAAGCGCCACCGCUCGGCCUUCCCAACAACCAGCGAUGCGUCAUUUGGUGACUCCAAAACCCUGGUCGCUUCUGGAACGUUCCACUGGAGAGCUGGAGGAGAGAAGCACAUCAAUGAGCCACUCGCCGUCGCCAAGCUUCAAGCUGCCACCCGUCUCAACAACUCGAAGACAUUCCAGGAGUACUCACAGGCUUCCAACAUGGCUCAACGCUGGUGCACACUUCGUGGACAGCUGGAGAUCAAGACUUCGAAGAAGAUUCAAAUCCCAAUGUCGGAUGUGGAGCCAGCUAGUGAGAUUGUCAAGAGAUUUGUCACUGGAGCCAUGUCAUUUGGAUCCAUCUCAUGGGAAGCUCACACUGCUCUUGCAAUUGCUAUGAACCGAAUCGGAGCUAAAUCAAACACUGGAGAAGGUGGAGAGAAGCCAGAGCGCUAUCGCAAGGAUCAAGAUCCGAAUGAGAAUCUUCGUUCUGCUAUAAAGCAGGUUGCUUCUGCCAGAUUCGGUGUCACCUCGUCUUACCUGGCCAACGCUGAUGAGCUUCAAAUUAAGAUGGCACAGGGAGCCAAACCAGGAGAGGGAGGAGAACUGCCAGGACAUAAGGUCACCAAGGAUAUUGCGGACACCAGAAAGUCUACGGCUGGAGUCGGAUUGAUCUCACCACCACCUCACCAUGACAUCUAUAGUAUUGAGGAUCUGGCCCAGCUCAUCUACGAUCUCAAGUGUGCCAACCCGGUCGCUCGUGUUAGUGUGAAGCUUGUGUCCGAAGCAGGAGUCGGAAUCGUUGCCGCUGGAGUUGCCAAGGGAAACGCAGACCAUAUCACUGUCUCUGGACACGAUGGAGGUACCGGAGCUUCCAGUUGGACUGGAAUCAAGCACGCCGGACUACCAUGGGAGUUGGGAGUGGCCGAGACUCAUCAAGUCUUGACUAUGAACAACCUUCGCUCGAGAGUUGUCCUCCAAGCUGAUGGUCAAAUCCGUACUGGACGUGACGUGAUGAUUGCUGCUCUUCUCGGUGCCGACGAAUUCGGAAUGUCCACCGCCCCACUGAUUGUUCUUGGAUGCACCAUGAUGAGGAAGUGUCAUCUUAACACUUGCCCAGUCGGAGUUGCUACUCAAGAUCCAGUUCUCCGUGAAAAAUUCGAAGGAAAGCCAGAACACGUUGUCAACUACAUGUUCAUGGUUGCCGAAGAGGUUCGCUACUUCCUCUCAAAACUCGGACUCCGCAAGUUGGAAGACGCUGUUGGUCGCACAGACCUUCUCUAUGCUUCCUCGAAUCCAGUCAACAAGAAGGCAACCAUGCUGGAGUUUGGAUCUAUCCUCAAGAACGCUCAACAAAUGUUCCCAAAUGUCUCCAUCCGUGGAGGAAGUGUUAAGCAGGUCAUUGAGCUUGGACAACUUGAGACCAACCUUCUGACUCAACUCGAGGGAGUCUUCAGUGAGGCUGGAGAGCAUAAGAUCUUUGACGACAAAUUCAUUACUAACCUCGAUCGUACCUUUGGAACCAGGAUCUCAUACGAGAUUUCCAAACGGUAUGGAGAGAUCGGUUUGGAAGGAUCUCGCUCGAUCACGAUCAAUCUCAAGGGACAUGCUGGACAAUCAUUCUGUGCUUUCCUAGCUAAAGGUGUCAGUGUGACUCUGGAAGGAGAUGCUAAUGACUACGUCGGAAAGUGUCUCUCCGGAGGAAGCAUCGUUGUCUUCCCACCCAAGAACGCUACAUACAAGUCUGAGGAGAACUCGGUGAUUGGAAACGUUGCUCUCUAUGGUGCCACAUCAGGAAACUGCUGGUUCCGUGGAGUUGCUGGAGAACGAUUCGCCGUCAGAAACUCUGGAGCAAAUGUGAUCGUUGAGGCUGUUGGAGAUCACGGUUGCGAAUACAUGACCGGUGGAAGAGUCAUCGUGUUGGGAACCAUCGGAAGGAACUUUGCCGCAGCGAUGAGUGGUGGAAUUGCCUACUUGUUUGCCCAAGAGGACAACUUCUCCCGCUUGAUCAAUGCUGCAACAGUGGAUCUCGAUGAUGCCACCACCGAAGACCUCCUCUUCGUCAAAUCCAAGAUCGAGGAGUUCGUCAAGCUCACUGGCUCAGAACUCGGACAACGAAUCCUCACUAACUGGCAAAAGGUGCACCAGAAGAUUAUCAAAGUCUUCCCACGCGACUACAAGAGAGUCCUUGCCGAGCAGGAGGAGGAAAAGAAGAAGCAAGCCGAACUGGACAAGGCUAACCAGGAUAUGAGCUUGUUGUCCGUUGAUGAUUCCAAGCCACGUACCCGCACGCUUUCGAUGGACAUGCAAAUCGCACCAACUAUCCGUCAGCACAACAAGAAGAAGGAGGCGUCGAAAAAGAAGAGUCUGCUCGGCGACAACCGAAAGCAGCGCCGUCUCUCUAAGAGCUUGAGACCUCAAGAUCUUGCUGGAUUUGAGAAUGAGGAGGACCUCCAAGAAGCUGCCGAUCAGGAAGAGGAGGAGGAAUCCAAGUCUGAUCUUGAAGACCACUCUGACGAAGAGGAGUUUGUCGAGAAGAAGCCAAGCGUCGACAUUGAGAGUCUUGGUGUCCCAGCCCAUCUUCGCAAGAAGGACGAACCAUUGGACAAGCUCCGCGGAUUCGUCAAGUACAACCGCCAGAAGAAGAUCUACCGUGAUCCAAAGGAGCGUCUCAACGAUUGGGAUGAGGUGUACGACUUUGAAGCCGUGCGCAGAAACAUUCGUGAGCAAGCCGCUCGUUGCAUGGAUUGUGGAGUUCCAUUCUGUCAAGGACACUCUGGAUGCCCACUCGGAAACAUCAUUCCAAAGUGGAACGACUUUGUGUUCAAGAAGAACUGGCGUCAAGCCCUUGAGCAACUUCUCCAGACUAACAACUUCCCGGAGUUCACCGGACGUGUUUGCCCAGCACCAUGUGAGGGAGCUUGCACUCUCGGAAUCGGAUCCCCGGCUGUCACUAUCAAGUCUAUUGAGUGCGCAAUCAUUGAUUACGCUUUCAUCCAAGGAUGGAUGAAACCAUGCAAGCCGGCAUUCAACACUGGCAAGCGUAUUGCUAUCAUUGGUUCCGGACCAUCUGGACUUGGUGCUGCCGCUCAGCUGAUCAAGGUUGGACACACCGUUGUGGUGUACGAACGCAAGAACCGAGUUGGAGGACUUCUGAGAUACGGAAUUCCAACCAUGAAGCUUGACAAAUUUGUCGUCGACCGUCGUAUCACGCUUCUGGAGCAAGAAGGAGUCCGAUUCCUCACCAACACAGAGAUCGGAAAGCAUGUUCCAGCCGAUUUCCUUCUCAAGGACAACGAUGCCAUCAUCGUCUGCACAGGAUCCACCACUGCACGUGACCUGACUGUCGAAGGACGUGACGCCAAGGGAAUCUGCUUCGCUAUGGAGUAUCUCGAGAAGAGUCAGCGCCGCCGUGCUGGAGACGACGUCUCAUGGGAGGGUCUUGACCCAGCUAACAAGAAGGUAAUCAUCCUUGGAGGAGGAGACACCGCCACUGAUUGCAUUGCCACUAGCAACCGUCUCGGAUGCAAAACAGUCGGAGCCUUUGAGAUUCUGCCACAACCAGGACCAGAGCGCAAGCCAGAGAAUCCAUGGCCAGAGUGGCCACUCAUCUUCCGUGUGGACUACGGACACGAGGAGGCCAAGGAGAAGACUGGGUCCGAUCCAAGAACCUACUCGGUGUCAACCAAGAGAUUCCUGACGACCACCAACUCUGCUGGAGUCAAGGUGCUCACUGGCCUGGAAAUUGUUGAUGUCGAAUGGGAGAAGGACGAGAAGGGAGCCUGGAAGUUGGUCGAGAAGACCGAGUCACUUAGAACCAUCGAGUGCGAUUUGUGCAUCUUGGCCAUGGGAUUCGUUGGACCCGAGAAGAGUGUCAUCGAGCAGCUCAACUUGAAGACUGACCCAAGAUCCAACAUUCUCACUCCAAAGGACAAGUAUGACUCGGACGUCGCCAAGGUCUUCGCUGCCGGUGACUGCCGCCGUGGUCAAUCCUUGGUCGUGUGGGCCAUCCAUGAAGGACGUCAAGCCGCUCGUCAAGUCGAUGAGUACCUGAUGGGAAAGACGACGCUCGCCGGACCGGGAGGAAUCGUCACUGCGCCGAUUCAACACAAAAAUGCUAUCUAA